CUGAGGCGCGAGCUGAGGACACAGCGCCGGGUGCGGGCGCGGCGCGGGCGCGGGCGCGAGCUCGAGCGCGAGCCCUGCCGGUGGCUCUCGGUGCUCUUAGGUCCCCUCGCUCUCGGCCGGGACGCGGGAGAGAGCGGCGCGCGGCGGGGGCGCGAGGUGGUGCGGGCGGGGGCGGCCAAUGCGAAACUGGCUGGUGCUGCUGUGCCCGUGCGUGCUCGGGGCCGCGCUGCACCUCUGGCACCUCUGGCUGCGCUCCCCGCCGCCCCCCCGCGCCUCCGGGCCCGGCGCGGCAGGUCAAUCAGCCUUAUUUCCUCAGUGGAAAUUUAGUCACUAUGAUGUGGUAGUUGGUGUGUUAUCAGCUCGAAAUAACCAUGAACUUCGAAAUGUGAUUAGAAACACCUGGCUGAAGCAUUUGCUGCAACAUCCUACUUUAAGUCAACGUGUGCUUGUAAAGUUCAUAAUAGGUGCUCGUGGCUGUGAAGUGCCUGUGGAAGACAGAGAGGAUCCUUACUCCUGCCGUCUGCUCAACAUCACCAAUCCAGUUUUGAAUCAGGAAAUUGAGGCCUUCAGCUUUCCUGAAGAUGCCUCCUCAUCCAUACUCUCUGAAGACCGAGUUGUCAGCGUGAGCUUCCGAGUUCUCUACCCAAUUGUGAUUACCAGUCUUGGAGUGUUUUAUGAUGCCGGUGACGUUGGCUUUCAGAGGAACAUCACAGUCAAGUUGUAUCAGGCAGAGCAGGAGGAGGCCCUUUUCAUCGCUCGAUUUAGUCCUCCAAGCUGUGGAAUACAGGUGAACAAGCUAUGGUACAAGCCUGUGGAACAGUUCAUCUUACCAGAGGCUGGAGAAGGGGCAUUGCCUCAUGAAUUCAUGGAAGGUGUGGAGGGAGUUGCAGGUGGCUUUAUCUACACUGUUCAGGAGGGAGAUGCACUGUUACGAAGCCUCCAUUCGCGGCCCCAGAGACUCUCAGACCACGUACGGGAUUUGCGAGUGGAAGAUGCCUUACUGCAGGAGGAGAGCAGCGUCUAUGAUGACAUUGUCUUCGUGGAUGUUGUGGAUACUUACCGGAAUGUUCCUGCAAAAUUACUGGACUUCUAUAGAUGGACUGUGGAAACCACCAGCUUCAGUUUGCUGCUGAAGACAGAUGAUGACUGUUACAUAGACUUAGAAGCUGUGUUUAAUAGAAUUGCUCAGAAGAGUCUAGAUGGGCCUAAUUUUUGGUGGGGAAAUUUCAGGUUGAAUUGGGCAGUGGACAGAACUGGAAAGUGGCAGGAGCUGGAAUACCCCAGCCCAGCCUACCCUGCCUUUGCAUGUGGGUCAGGGUAUGUGAUCUCCAAGGAUAUCGUUGACUGGCUGGCAGGCAACUCCGGAAGGUUAAAGACCUAUCAGGGUGAAGAUGUCAGCAUGGGCAUUUGGAUGGCAGCCAUAGGCCCUAAAAGACACCAGGACAGCCUGUGGCUGUGUGAGAAAACCUGUGAGACAGGAAUGCUGUCUUCUCCUCAGUAUUCACCACAAGAGCUGAGCAGACUAUGGGAACUUAAGGAACUGUGUGGGGAUCCUUGUCAGUGUGAAGCAAAAGUGUAGUGAUCCUCAAAGACCAGGAACUGUAAGUCUAAGGAGACCUCGUGGCUGGUAUUGAACUAUAAGCAAGCAGUAUGAUAUGACUAGUGUUUGCACAGAUCUUAAUGAAUCAACUGAUACUGUAGCAUAAGUUUUUAUUUGUAAAUUGGAAGAUUAUUUAAUACCAAAUUAUUUUAUAAAAAAUAUUACUAACUCCUGAUCACUGUUACUAAUUAGUAAUUCAUCAUUACCAUUUUUUGUUAAACCUGGCCAAAUUCAGAAAGUUGUAAUAACUCCAUUUGAAUCUCAAUCAGGAUGAUAAAAUAGCUCUGUAUAGCUUAAUUAGGCCAGAAAGAACGUACAAAGAUGCUGUGUGGCCCUGGGGCCACAUAUACCAAAGUCUGGGUUGCUGGAAAUACCAGUUUGUGGAUCUCUGACAUGGGCAAACUGGCCUUGAAAAGGAAAUACUGUAGCCUGAAGUUUGGAAUCUUGCUUUUAAAGAUGUUUAUUUACAUAUGUACCAUGUUUUCUUUUACCAUUUAAUGUAAAUCCUGAAUGUCUCAGCUUACUCUCACUAAACUGUUUUUGUGAGUAUGAGAAAAAGUAAACACCUCAGGGUUCAGUGUCACAGGGAAGUAGGGAAGGCACUCUGCCUUGCCUGAUGUUUACCUAAGCUUGAGGAGGUGGUAAUCUAUGGAAGAUAGGUUCAGUAUAAUGUAGGGGAAAGUAUGUUGUACAGAACACAAGAUGAGUUUCCUCAGUUUAAGGGACAUUUCUCAGAAUGACCAACCAAAUUACUGUAGUAAACUUUAAUAGUUAAGUAGCCCACAGCAGAUGUUAACUCCAAUCAGAUUUAGAGUAUUGUUUUUACUUCAUAUUUACAUCUUCACAUAUUGGAAUGCAGUAAGCUAGGAAAACAGGAGUAGAAAAAUCACUAGUAAUCAACGCCUUUAUUAUUCUAUUAAUAUACAACCAAAUGGUCCUUUCCCAACAAAACAUACAUCCUUUGUGAGGGCAGAGUUUUUGUUUCUGGUGUAUACAACAUUCCAGUCGCUAAACUCUUAGGGCUGGACUGUUACCAUCGCACUAGUAGACAAUCUCCAUUCUCCACAGAAUAAAACUGUAAUGACUGUAGGUCAUUUUCUAGUUCAAUUUCUCUGCCCGGCAUCUAAAAUUAGAACAGAAUGGGGAGGAGCCAGUAAGACAUCUAUAAUGCGUAGUAUACACGCCGACCUCCAAUGGCAGGUAGCUUGAAGAGUCAAAAUGCUGCCUCCAUUUAGAAUCUGUUAUGUAUGGCUCAUGGUACUAUGGAGAACUAAGCUUAGCAUAGCUUUGUGUUUUUGCUUAGCAACUUACCUUGGGACUUUCAUAGGACAACAGAAGUUCUGACACAGGAACUUUGAGAAGACGUGACAGCAGUCCCUUUACCUUUUGAAUUGUCAUGGAAUCUAUCAAAGAAAAGGAAAAUCCAUUUCUCUCAAAUGACGACUAUGUGUACAAACAGCUCAGGUGAGGCAGCCAUGAUCUGUCGUUUCUUAGCAUCAGUGUACCUAAGACACUAAGUGACAAAAGCUUGAGUCAUUCCACCAGUUGAUUCUUUUGGUAAACUGGGAAAUGGAGCCAAUGUUUGACCCAAGUGGUCUUGAUAGUGAGGUGUCAUACCAUUUCAGUAGCAUUUACUAUUUCUUCCUCAAUCUGAAUAACCAGAAAUAAUCAUUUCACUGAGGAGGAAAGAUAUAGGCCUUUGUGAUAACUUCCUGAUGGGUUACUGAAGAUCCCAUGAGUGGGGCCUUGAGGACACCUCUCAGCCUUAUUUUCCCUCUAGAAGAGAGCAUAGACUUAAGUGGUUGAUGAGGUCUCUCCCAGCAUGAGCAUCCGGUCACCAUCAGGAUGUGCACACACAUGACUACCAGGUAUGGGAAAGUAACUCAGAAAAACAAAUGCUCUGGUCUAUUCAGAACACACUAGGAACUUCUUUCCAAAGACAGGUUGUGGUGCACAGUGGAUAUUUUGAUUAAAGAUAUUAGUUUCUCUGAAGCUUUAGCUGAAAGUACAGCAAUAGUUUGGUGUCCCACAAAUAUCACAAUGUAGACAAUUAUUUUUCUAUAAAAAUCGUUUUUUUAUGAAAGCUGUGUUUUUAUGCAACUUGUGAUAAUAAAUCUUCUCUAUUUUAGAAUAAAA